CCCCUUCAGCUGUCGUCGCACUCCGGCUCUCUUCGCAAUGCAUGCAACGCCCACCGCCAGAGAUAGAGAGGAAGAAGUGAGUGAGUGUGUAAGAACGAGGAAAAGAGGGGAGUGUGUGUACAUGUACCGGAGAGGUAAAGAGGAAAAAGAGAAAGAAGAUAAGUGUAGGAGCAAAAGAAAACUGAAGCCUUUUUUUUCUUCUUUCUUUAGUGUGAGAGAGAAAGAAAGAAAGAAAGAAAGAAAGAAAAAUAAUAAUAAUACUACUAAUAAUAACAACCAGCUAGUAGAAUUAAACCGGAGCGCAAAAGGAAGAGAACAUUUCCACCUCUUUUCUUUUUCUUUUUUUUAAUUCUUUUUUUUAUCCUGAGCGUGUUUUUCUUUUUUUUUUGGAGACGGACGCGGCGUUAACCCAAGGCACACUGAUCUGAUGGUCAUGACGGCAGCUGUCGAUAUGAAACCGACGUUAACAAUCAUAAAGGCUGAAAAAAUGGACGAUCCGGAGUGUGGAGAUGUCCCCCUGCUAACUCCAGGAAGUAAAGAGAUGAUGUCACAGGCUCUGAAGGCCACCUUCAGUGGCUUCACAAAGGAACAGCAGAGGCUGGGUAUUCCCAAAGAUCCCAGACAGUGGACAGAAAACCAUGUGGCUGCGUGGCUAACGUGGACAGUCAACGAGUUCAGUCUGAAAAAUGUCGACUUUGACAAGUUCUGCAUAAACGGAGCCAGCCUGUGUGCGAUGGGGAAGGAGCGCUUCCUGGACAUGGCACCUGACUUUGUGGGUGACAUCCUCUGGGAACAUCUAGAAAUGCUUCAGAAAGAGGAUGCAAAGCAUUACCCCAUCAAUGGACUGACCUCCAACUUCCAGGAAUCCCGUUAUACCUCAGACUACUUUGUCAGCUACGGUGUUGAGCAUGCUCAAUGUGUCCCUCCUUCUGAAUACUCAGAGCCCGGCUUCAUCACAGAGUCCUACCAGACACUCCAUCCCAUCAGCUCGGAGGAACUGCUGACGCUCAAGUACGAGAGUGAAUACCCCGCUGUCAUCCUACGGGACACGCCCCUCAACCCGCUGCAAGGGGACUACUUCACCGUCAAGCAGGAGGUGGUAUCCCCCGACAACAUGUGUGUGGGACGCCUCAGCAGAGGUAAGCUCGGCGGCCAGGACUCCUUCGAGAGCAUCGAGAGCUUCGAGAGCUGUGACCGGUUGACCCAGUCAUGGAGCAGCCAGUCCUCAUUCAGCAGCCUGCAGAGGGUACCGUCGUACGACAGCUUCGACUCAGAAGACUACCCCACCGCCCUGCAUAGCCACAAGCCCAAGGGCACUUUCAAAGACUAUGUGAGGGAGCGCUCAGACCUCAGCAAGGAUAAACCCGUCAUCCCAGCAGCAGCACUGGCAGGAUACACAGGCAGCGGCCCUAUCCAGCUGUGGCAGUUUCUCCUGGAGCUUCUGACCGACAAGUCUUGCCAGUCCUUCAUCAGCUGGACAGGGGACGGCUGGGAGUUCAAGCUUUCUGACCCAGAUGAGGUUGCUCGGCGAUGGGGCAAGAGGAAAAACAAGCCCAAGAUGAACUACGAGAAGCUGAGCCGUGGCCUACGCUACUACUACGACAAGAACAUCAUCCACAAGACAUCGGGGAAGCGCUACGUCUACCGCUUUGUCUGUGACUUAAAAAGCCUGCUGGGGUACACUCCCGAGGAGCUCCAUGCAAUGUUGGACGUAAAGCCCGAUACGGACGAGUGAAAGCAGAGACGAAAAAACGGGAAGUGAAGACGAAAAGUUUUAGGAGACACAUGGACUGGGGCUCAUAAAGUGGUCUUAAAUAUUUUGAUAGAGUCUGUAAACCGUUUUUUUUUGGGGACCAAAAAAUGUUUUUAAUGACUAACUGUGGUCUUUGUCAACUUCAAGCUCCUGUCUCUCAGACCAAUGUUUUAAAAAGAAGGCACAAGUCAAAAGCCUGUAUUCAUACCCUGUUGCAUUUGAGAUGUGUGUGUGAGCGCAUGUGUGUGUGUGAGCAGUGCGUAUGUGUGGUUAUGUACCGGUAUUAUUUAGCAGCUCGAGGCAGAUUGGGAACUAUCGGGUAGAGUUCAGGUUCCGUUCUGCCUAAGUAGCACAGUAAAGGGGAUUAGAGGACCAAGACGGAAAGUCUGAGAUAACUGAGAGAGAAAUUAUAGAUUAAUUUCAUUGUUGGGUUAGAGCAGGCGGAACAUUCCCGCUAAGAGGGGAAAAAAAAGGGGAUUGCCAAAAAUGUAAAAAACCAAACUAAGAAAGGUAUAAAGACAUCUUUACAUAAGUGCUCAGUGUCUCUCAUUGGCAAAGAGAAUAUUCAGCUUGGACCAAAAAGUAUUUUUUUUAAUUUGUUGUUUGAGGAGCGUAUGCUUCCGCCAGUAUUAUAUUAUUGAUGUUGAGAACACCCAAUGUAAACCUAACAGGCAUAUAUUGGAAAGAGUAUUUUUCUUAAGUUUUCAGUGACGGUAUAACAGUGGAAACCAAACAUUAGAUGCCACGUUUAUCUGUCCUGUUCUCCGGGAGCCUUUAACUGAAAUGUGCUGAUUCGGUAUCACACAACACUAUAGACACUGGCCCUGUGCGUUGUCGGGUUUGAGGACAUGGUGACAUUACUCAUAGCAAGAGCUUUUGACAGACAGACAACUGAAAGUAGCCGUUGCUUUUGAAACUGACGCUUUCACCAUUACUUACAUGUUUGCCACCUUUGUUAGAGACACAUAUUGUGAAACUUAUGCAUUUUUGCAUAUACCACCAGUAUUAGCAAACUGUAGACAAUCCACUUGGGGGAAUUCAGGAGUCUUUGGUAAGAAGAGUUGUUUAAUGUGCAGAUUAGAUGCAUAAUUUGUCGGUUCACUGUCCAUGUUGGUGUUUCUUUAGAAGUGUUUGAAUAGUCUCCUGUCUGUCUGUCUAUACAAUAAAAUCACAAGUGAAAUAGUUGAGGGCGUGAUUUUACAAAAUCCUAAGAAUGUCAGAUUUUUUUUCUUUUCUUAUUCAAUACAUUUUGGACCAUGAGGACGCAGCUGCAGUGUAUUGUGGAGGUACAGUGUAGGGGGAAAAAAAGGGUCAGGCAAUAGAAGAAAGGUCGAUUAGAAAGAACCGGAAGUUUGGUGAGAUAGAUGAAGGUGACUGAAAGGAAUCUGUGGAUACUGCAGGUGAUGAUCAGUUGUAAGGUCUGAUGGAGAAAGACUGACAGAAGAGAUGCAAGUUGGCGCUGCUUGGAAGAUUGUUGUGUUCUUCAUUUUUCCACUGCCAUUGUUGUUGGAUGCAGCUGAAACCUCAUUGCAAAUAGAGGCAUUUAGGACUAGUGGCAGACAUUUCUAUUUAAUUUCUGUGUUUGUGUUUUACUUAUCUGUGAGGAAAAACAAUAUUCAGUUCAUAGUGAGUAACUCAUGUACGAAUCCAUCCAUACCUGUGCAGCAUGUAUAAAGCUUCACUGGUUACAUUUGACCAAAUUGGCAGCGGUUUCCUUUCAACAGUGGGAACGGUGGCUGCACACUGGCCUUAUGGGAAAUGCCAAAGUGGAAUAUCAUCUUAGAAUACAAUGUUAUUGUUUACAGUGGCCGAAUGUUACCCAUAUGGAUGAAAAUAGCUUUUUGAGAUGUCUAUUUGUACAGAUUGUAUUUCAUAAUGCUUUAUUGAGACCCAGAAUACACAAAUAAGCAAGAGACAAAGCAGGAAUAAUAACCAAAACCCUUGUGAGGUCUUUGGACUCGGUGCUUCGGGUAUCGUCCACCAUGUCAGAAGACAGGGACCAGAGUUUUCUCACACUUUUGGAAAGUGUUGACUUAUCUUAGAUCUUUUGGUAAUUUGUUGGAAAGCACACAAGCUUUAGGACAAAGAGGAACGCCUUCGCUGAUCUGUAGAAAAGAGAUGCUGGAUACGUCCAUUUUGUUGGAUUAGCAACAAACUUGCCCGCCAUCAUCAAGCACUGACUCACAAACCCUCACCCAUGUUCGUCAUCUGACACAACCAAUUAGACAAAUGAAUUAGUAAUAAGCUGCACAGUACUCUCAUUAUUCUCUGCAUGUUGAUGUCAAGGUUUCAAAGCACUGUUAUCUUUGUUUUUGUUCAGGUUACUUUUACUGUUGUCAGUGUUUUAUAUUAGAGAACUUUACAGAUUUUUAAAACAUAAUUGUAAUGGUUGUCAAUGCCCUGGAAAAAGUGAUCUUUUUCCCCCCCCACACACAUGGUAAUAAUAUCUGUAUGGUUGGCGUCACAAGAUUAAUGUGUUAAUAGAAAACAUUCUGUUUCCUAAAAUGUAGGUAUUUUAAAUUUAUUUUGUCAGGAAAAUAUUCUAUUGUUCAAUGUCACAGAUUUCAAUCUACUGCAGGUCUUAUGUAUUAAUGAACCUUAGUCAGGCAAGUGUAUACACACCAGUAGUUUGUGGCAUAUGCAUAUCUCAGAAUGGAUUCAGAAGGAAAACCUUUUUUUUUAUUUUUUUUGAAUGUUGUGUUGUUGUUUUUCUUUUUGUUUUGUAUAUUUUAUAGUGUCUCUGUAUUUUUGUUAUGAGAUCAUUUCUAUUGUAUUUAGUUCACAAACAUUUGAAUAUUUUUCAAUAAUUUAUAUUUUAUAAAAAGACAAGAGACGCAGACAGCUGGUGCUUUCAUGGGAAUAUAAAGGUAGCGCAGGACAAAAUAAUGUAGCGAUUUGUUUUUGUUUUGUAUUCUUUUUUAUAUAGAAAAUAGACCUGUCUGCUAGAGAAAAUAGGCUGAUGCUGGCCCAUCAAUGAUUUCUGCUGGAAAGGUUUUAUAAACUGUAGCUUCUAUUUCUAAAAUGUACUUAAUGUACUUCAAAAUGUUAUAAAAUAUAUGUGAACAAAGA